UGUAGACCUAGUUGAGUCUGUGAAUAACUUUAAGUGAAAUGGCUUAAAAUUCCCAAGUUUUUGUCAUGACCAUCUCUCUAGGCUACAUAAAGUUACAACGAAGCCACAAGAUCUGAACAUAGGCUAUUUUUUUUCAGAGUUGUAUGUAAUCACAGCAAAAUUAGGCUACUAGGCUAUUGUAUUGUAUUGUAUAAUAGGCUAUUUUUAUUCAUUAACACAAACUCACGGGAGUUUUGUGCAUAAAUAAAUUAUAUUACUAACAUUAUGGUUACGUUAGGGCCGUUGCUUCCAUAUAUUUCAAUUUAGUUUCUGAGAAAUCACAAUUUCUGUUGUUUCCGUAUGUCUUAAAAACACCAACUACAGUAGGCCUACUCAUGAGUAUCCGUGACGACGCUCCGCUCUUUCAUGCAAUGCACGAUGGGAACGUGAAAGCCGUCACUUUGCCGCCGUCCGCGUGACUGUCUAUGCUUUUGGCUGAGAAGACGUCACUUUGCCGCCGCGCACCGGACAGUCCAGUUGCUGCUAAAACUCGCCAGAGACGGUCAUGGGAAGAGAUCCUUUUGAACCCAAGAUCCUGAAAUUGGCAACAAGCUGAAUACCAAUCUCUGAAAAAUAUGCUUUGGAAGUGAUUCCUGGAGAGCUUCACUGUUGACAAGUUCUGCAGAUUCUGUUCGGCAAGCAGGAGUGACACACAACGCCAAGAGAUGGCUGAGCAACAGAAUAUAACCAUGAGGGUUAUUGUCUCAGAGGGAGAUAUAAGAAAGAUGACCACAAAACGACCUGACACACUUGACGAUUUGAUUGGCUGGCUCAAAGGCACUCUCCAAGCGAACUAUAGUUUCACCUUACAGUACCAAGAUCCUGAAUUUAACAAUGCACUGUGUAACCUCACCAAUCUCUCUGAGCUCCCAGAGAAGCCAACAAUCAAAAUCAUCCCUAUGAUUGAGCUUGUACCAAUCUCAGGAGACACUGAACCAUAUAGUGACACAAGCAGCCAGGCAGACACAGAGAUCCUGUCCAGCUCCUCUCUGGACAGAAGUUUUCAGUGGCCAGAGGUAUUUGACGUUCCCAAAUUUUCGGUUGAUGUUGAGUACAGACUUCGUCAAGGUAACCUGUUGUAUCUCAGGGAUGGAACCUAUCUUAAGGUGACAAAAGAGUUGAAACAUGAUAUCCUUGAGAAACUGGCUGAGACCAUGUAUGCAUUUAAAGCAUACCCAGCAAAGGAAGAUUUUGAAGCCUUUGCAAAAGCCUUAGUACAAACCCACCCGUGUCUCAAAGAAUCAGGGUCAUCCUCCGGCUGGAAUGGAUGGAAGAACAGUCUGAAGUUCAAGAUGGGUAAUUAUAGAACCAAAAUGCGCCAGCUUGGACGAGUUGAUGUCACUGUCAAUGGUGGUAAACGUGGAAGGUACACUGAAAAUGGCGAACCUCCUCACAAAGGCAUAAAGAAGCCAAGGAAAGGGGAAAUAAAUUUCCUACCUGAAUAUCCAGAGGGGAGGGAUGACCACAACCUGGAAGAAGCUCGCCAGGUUUUGGUCAAUGAAAUGAUGAAGACAAAACCAAAUGGGUCCCUUGUGAAGAAAGAAAUGGACCUGACGUUUGCGCUUCGGAGAAAAGAAGUUGUCCUAAACAAGCCUGCCAUCAGCCAGAUGUUACAUCGAUGGCCAGCUCUUUUCACAGAAAGCCAGGUUUGUUACGAGUUCACCAGAGUGGUGGGGAAAAGUCUGCAAGAGAAUUUCUUUGAUGAACUUGACCGUUUCUCUCCAAGGCUGAUGGACCUCUUUAGGAAGAAGAAAGGCCUGACCGGCCAGCUUUUGGCUGAGCUUUUACGUCAGACAAAGACCACUGAGCCAACAGACAUCAGGUGCCUAUGUCUUCGGGGAUUGCCUGUCAUCUUGGCGGAUGAUUCUUCUGCCUUCUUCAAGACAUGCUCUGAUGUAACUGACAAGGACUCGUACAGUGACACUCCAGUGGGAAUUCUCUGCCUUGGUCAAGAAAAUACCCAGCUCAACCCAUCCAGAGUAGGGAUCAUCUUGGAAGGGUCUGUGGUAAUGGAUGAACUGGCCAACCUGCCUCAGGCCUGUCCUUCUUUUCGGACUUAG